AUGCAGCCCCCACUUGGCCAAGCUUGCUUCCAUCGACCUUCGUACCAUCUUCCUGCCGACACUCUCUGCCCUCAGCACAUGGCGGAUCUCGAGGAAACACACCACGUGGCAACGGAUAUAUAUAUGGCGGGGCUGCCGGAACUCACCGAACCUGGCGCCUCGUCGAGCGCCAAUGGCAAACGGAAGGCAGAUUCCGAGCUCGAUCGUGCUGCGAAAAAAAAUUCGCCUCCGAGUGACAAUCGAGAAACGACAACCAACGAGGUUAGCUCGGUGCACAAUGACGAAGCAGACACCGAUGCAGGGCAGCCGUUAUCCAAAAACCAGCUCAAGCGUCUGAGAAAACAACAGCAAUGGCAGGAAUACAAAGAAGACCGACGGUCCAAGCGCAAGGACAAGCGGCACGAGCGCCAGGCCCGGAAGCGCGCUGAAAAGGAAGCCAAAAUUGCCGAGGCUGAAGCCGCCGGUAUCGAUCCUGCAACGGUGCUCCAACAAAAGGAACCCUGGAAAUAUCGCCCGGUGCCCGUUUCGUUUAUCAUCGACUGCGAUUUCGAGCAGUACAUGCGCGAGCAGGAGCUGGUGUCGCUGUCAAGCCAGCUUGUGCGGUCAUACGCCAUGAACCGCAAAUCUAAGUACCAGGCAAGCCUGCAUUUCAGCUCGUGGAAGGGGAAGCUCAAGGACCGGUUUGAGACGGUGCUUAAGAAUACACAUCAUAACUGGAAGAAUGUCGGCUUCCAUGAGGGCGAUUUCAAAGAGGCUGCGAAGCAAGCCGGGGAGCAGAUGGCGGGGCCGAAUGGGGGUGAAAUGCUCGAUCUGAUCAAGCCAAAUGACGGCGACGCGGAAGCAAACCCCACAGUCGAGGUUGAACCAGAGGGUGACGACAUCGACCGGUCGGUUGUCUACUUGACCUCUGAGUCUCCAUUCACCCUCGAUAGACUAGAGGCGAACACCAGUUAUGUCAUCGGUGGGAUAGUAGACAAAAAUAGGGAAAAAGGGCUCUGCUACAACCGAGCCAAGGAGUUCAAGGUCCGAACGGCGAAAUUACCGAUUGGCGAAUACAUGGCUAUGCAGAGUCGCUAUGUUCUAACCACCAACCAAGUGGUGGAGAUUAUGGCUAAGUGGAUAGAGUGCGGAGACUGGGGACAGGCCUUCAUGGAAGUGAUUCCCAAGCGCAAGGGGGGGACGUUGAAGGGGAACGACUCAAAGGGGUCGUCUCAUGCGAAGCAUCGCAAUAAAAACACAGCCGCAUGGAUGGAUGACAUUGCCUUUGAGGAACUAAGGGUGGAAUACUUGGGCCAGGGUAAGAUACCCAAAUACAGCUCCCAAAUCUGUGAGAUGUGGAGAUGGAAGGCCAAAAAGGACAAGAGCCCUCGCCCUGAGGCUUGA